AUGGAAACAGUGAACGACGUUGUCAUCAUCGGAUCAGGCCCCGCUGCUCAUACCGCGGCCAUUUAUUUGGGAAGAGCUUCUAUCAAACCAAUCAUGUAUGAGGGUUUCUUGGCUGGUGGAAUAGCUGCUGGCGGACAAUUGACCACCACAACCAUCAUUGAGAACUUCCCUGGAUUCCCAUCGGGUAUUGAUGGUAAUGAGUUGAUGCUCCAAAUGAGAAAGCAGAGUGAGAACAAUGGAGCCACCAUCAUCACCGAGACUAUUUCAAAGGUCGACUUAUCAUCACGUCCAUUCAAAUUGUGGGACGAAAACGGAAAGGAAAUAUUGGCGAAAUCUCUUAUCAUUGCUACUGGCGCAACUGCUCGUAGAAUGAAAGUUCCGGGCGAAGACAUUUAUUGGCAAAACGGUGUCUCGGCGUGUGCUAUUUGCGACGGCGCCGUCCCUAUUUUCAGAAAUAAGGUCUUGAUGGUUGUUGGAGGAGGUGACGCUGCGAUGGAAGAGGCGAUGCACUUGACUAAAUUUGGAAGCAAAAUCAUCAUUCUCCACAGAAGAGAUUCUUUCAGAGCAAGUAAAGCAAUGCAAGAGCGUGUGUUAAACCAUCCAAAGGUCGAAGUAAUGUGGAACUCGACUCUUAUCGAACUUGUUGGUGAUGGUAAUUUACUCAAUGGUGCUAAAGUCAAAAACGUUGUCACUGGUGAAGAGAAAGUUGUCCCAAUAAGUGGAUUGUUUUACGCUAUUGGACACGCACCAAACGUUCAAUUCCUUAAUGGACAGCUCAAGCUGACCCCAGAAGGAUAUAUCGAAGUCAAUGAAACUAAGACCAGUGUCGAUGGAGUCUUUGCUGCUGGAGAUGUUUGUGAUAAAGUUUACAGACAGGCAAUUGUUGCUGCCGGAAGUGGUUGCAAAGCUGCGUUGGACUGCGAGAAGUGGUUGCAGACCCAUUAA